GCCAAGUCUCUGGGGGAGUCGCUCCAAAAAGCGGGGGGGUCAUGGAGCGGCUACCAAGUACCUGGACAUGGCGCAUCAUCUGGAGGCGGCCGCCAAGCCAGCUGUCAUUUCGGAUCACACACGCACGCAGCAGGUCCAUUCCAAUGUUCGUCGGCUCGAGAAGCAGAUGGAACAGACUCUCAGCACGGUGGUUCGCUUGCGCGAACAGCUUGUCGAUGCGGAAGCCACGCUGCGCACGGUGCGAGACCAAGUCAACCAGGCGGACGCUGACUACAAGGCCUCGCUCGCUGUGUUGCAGGGCUCCCACAAGUCUGAGGAGCAGCCUCAGGCCACGGUGGGCUGGUUCAAGCUUGAGGACCUGGUUGCGGGCACUGUCGAUCGCUCAAAGUUCAUCGACUGCAGUCACACCCUGGAGGAUCUCUCGGUUGAGGCAGGUUGCGGACCAUGCCAAACAAUCUACGAGACCAGCACGAAGCUCAUCGCACUCGGCUCGCUGCCAAGACGCGCAAGGUUGCAGAUGGAGCAGCUGCAGCAGGUGGGUGAGAUUGCGCAGGAGAGGUUGCUGGAGAGGCCCCUGCUGAACCUGGGGCGGCUUCUGCAGGGCGCGGUCACUGACUGCGCGAUCAGGCUUGACGAAGGGCUCCUGGUCACCACUGUCAACGCCAGCACUUGGGGCACCCUCAAAUAUUACCUCUCCGCUUCGAAGGCCCACGUGGUCAUCGCUCAGAAGCAUCG